CAACCUUCGUGCACUACGGCGCUCUGCCGCAUCUCACGCACGCUUUACGUGCCUUGUCAUUACGCACGAGGCAGGUUGGGGCUUGCAUAGCAGACGUGGGAGGAAAAACACGCAGAGGCUUUUACAGUAAGGACUAAUUAAGGUAAUGAUUUGAAUUGUACUAAAAGACGUGUCAGUGGAAGUGGACGUGGAGUGUCCGGAACGGAGUGGACGUGAUGCCCGCGUGACUGCGGGUGUAGGAAACGAGGCGGAACGUGAAGGUGGACUUGGUCGCUGUGUGGAGCAUCCCAUCGCCGCCUUUGCUGCAGUUUAGCAAUCGAUGGACAACAUCUGCUUGCUCUCCACGUCGCGCUAAUGAGCGUCUUCUUCGUGGCAGAUGAUGAGGACACAAGAGUGGGGGCGUCUCUCUUCUUCUGUCCUGCUUUGGGAUGCUUGAGAAUGUGCGGCCUGCUGCUUGUCUUGCCGCAAUGCCACUGGUGAGAGGAGGGAGAGCGUGAGGAGGCAUGGCUGCAGAAGGGUAGCAAAAUGAGGAGACAUGUGCAUCAUCAUAGAAGAGUACUUUUGAGGAGGUGCUGUGUGGUGUGCUGACUUGCUGGAAAACUUUAAAGACACCCAGGCAAAAAUGAGUGUCAUGGCUGUCAAAUGAGGUGGACUUUUUCUGUGCUCCGUUGUCAACCUUUUGCUUCAACAAAAGUGGAAGCCGACCUGAACUUUUGCUAAAAAGUAGGAACAUCAUCGCCAACAUGCCCUCGCCAUCCGACUCCAGCAGCGUGGCAUCCGCCUCGGGGUCCCGCGGCUGGUCAGACAGCCGGCGGGGCAUCUCGGGUCGAGGCCCCGGUGGUGCCCGGUUGCUGCUCUACCUGGGUCUGUGCCACCUGGGCCUCGGGGCCAUGGUCCUGGCCUUCUCCUUCACCAGCAUGGCCUUCACCUCGUCUGCUCGAGUCAGGCAGUCCUGUCCGUUCUGGGCCGGGUUUUUUGUGGUGGCAUCGGGGAUUGUUGGAAUUAUCUCAUGGAGGAGACCUUUCACUUUGGUGGUAUCUCUGUUCAUGCUGCUGUCUGCGGUGUGUGUGAUCCUCAGUCUGGCGGGCUCCAUGCUGUCCUGUCAGAACGCGCAGAUGGUCAAGUCAAUGCUCACCUGCCAGGUGGAGAAUGGCCGCUGCGUGUGUUGCGCGCCCACUGAAUCCUGCUCCAGCAAAGAAGAUGGAACCCUGGUACUGAACCUGAAUUCAGACUGCCACUCAGUUAGACAUCAGCUGAAGGACUUGUUGUUUAGCGCAUGCGGUCUCAGCAUCCUUUCCACCAUCAUCUGUACUCUGUCCACGGUCACCUGCAGCAUCCACAUAUUUUCCUUGGACCUUGUGCACCUGUUGGCGCCACAUCGCUCUCGCUCCGUCAACCCGGAAUGCACAACCCCUCAGGACGCCUUCCUGACCAACAUCAUGGACUUUGAGGAGUUUGUUCCACCCAUUCCUCCGCCUCCUUACUAUCCUCCUGAGUACACCUGCAGCUCAGAGACAGACGCUCAGAGUAUCACCUACAACGGCUCCAUGGAGAGCCCUAUUCCUCUGUACCCCACUGACUGUCCUCCUCCCUACGAGGCUGUGAUGGGACAAAGAGCUGCCAGCCAGGCGACGAUGUUUGACCAGCACGGUGCCGAACUCUCUGGAGAAAGAGGAACGUCUACAGCGUUCAGUGGAGAAGUAUUUUUUUAUUCAGUCUCCAUGGAUAGUGGAUCUUUGCUAAUGUCAGAGAUCGUUGACAUCCCCGAUGAUUCGUCCCCGUCCGAGGACUCCUGUCUGUUGGAGGUGGGGUUGAGGAACCACGGGGGCAGGGGCAGCAGGGCGGCCAGUGAGGUGGGCGAUGGGGGUGAUGGAGGAGGGGAGCGGCUCAGCCUCCGCGGGCCCCGCUCUCAGACGCCAGAGAGUCCCUUGGCCGGGGGACCCAGAGCCCGGCGCUUCCUUAGAGGCGAGAGGUCCAAUUCUUGCUCUUCACCCAGCACUGCAACCACCACAUACAGGUCUCCGGUGUUACGGCGCCAGGCCAUGCUGGCUCGGAGUUGUUCCCAGCUGGAAGCAAUAGGGGCGUCCCCCUCACAGCAACGAUGCUCCAUACCAGACAUUCGGGUUCGACCCUCCACUCCAUUAUGCCAAGUUGCUGCCCAUGACUCCUCAGCUCCCCUCACCAGCGAGAACUGUACACAACGUUUGCCUCUGUACCUGCGACGACGAGCCGCAAGGAAUUAUGGCAGAAGCAACAGCGAAGGGCUCCUACGCCUUGUGAGGUCACACAGUGAGCCUGGCCUCAGCUCCUUUCCUGAUACAGUUGACUUAGUGUUUGCAUGCAGUAAGGCUUCUCCAGAUAUAGGUCCAUCCUCGGAGGCGUCUUUAUUGCCUCGCACUUCUUUGCCUCCUGCUGCCGCUUUGCCACGGAAAGACUGCAUGAAAUCGACAUCUACGGGGGUGCACGUUCCCUCUAAAGUACCACCCGUGUCCCCCCUGCGUUUACCCAAAGAAUACCACCGUUCUCUUGGAGACCUCAAGUCAAGAUCUGACAUUUUCCUGAAACUUACCUAUGUUCUACUGCUGAUUACUAAAGAACAGAAAAAGGUGACUCGAGUUCUGGUGGCUCGCUUCUUGCAGCGCUCCAAACGCAACUUGGCGCCCUCUUCUGAGCACACAGGGAACGCAGGGCAGGUGCCUAAGAGGAGGGGAGCAUCCGAGGGUGCUGCCACUAACCAUCUACCUAUGGAGGUUUGGCGGAGCCCUUGGAGUGUCAGCCGAGGACAACCCAACAACCACCACCUUCACCACCGCGGUCAUCAUAACUCCCACAGUGACAGCCGACACAACCACAGCCACGGCAGCCGAGCUCCGGAAGGGAUCCACCUGCGUAGCUGUGGGGAUUUAAGCUCCUCCUCCUCGCUAUCCUUGCGUCGGCUGGUGUCGCCUCGGUUGCUGCGCGGCUCAUCGGGAGCUCUGUACUCAGAGUCUGCGCUGUGAGGAAGUCAUUGGACGACCAACAGUUCUCGUAUGGGCUUGUUCGGUGGUGCUGUAGAUCCCUCUGAAUAUCACACUAAACAGCAGAAACUCAAGCCUGGAGACUGGGUUGACUUUGAGCAUUCAAGCUACAUAAUAAUGCAUUGCAAUGUGCUACUGGCCCUUUUGUACAUUGGGUUGAAUGAUAACCACAGAAAAAAUCUUAUUUUGUCUUCCAUUUAAAAAGAAAAAAGACUGACCCUGCAUAGUUAGCUAACUAUAAUGUAAUAUAAGCAAAUUGGGUACACAUUUUUUCUUCUUUUUGCAGCUCUACAUUAGUCAUUGAAAGAGGCGGCCAGCACACAUAAUAUGAAUGCACGUCUUCUUGUAUUCUUUAUUUAUAGGUGGUCCCCGAACACUUGGUUUGGUGUGUGCGUGCAUGUUUUACGACCCCACAAACACUGCAAAAAGCUUGUUCGUCAGACCUGAACUUGCCCCGACCCCCACUCUUGGCCCAACUUUGCAAUUAUCAUGUCCUUGAAAUGUCUUUAUUUGCAUGGUUUUGACAAAAUGCUUCUUAACUUUUUUCUUGUGCACACAAAAACAUCUAAGAGCAGCCAGUGGAAAUCAGAUUGAAAAGACUACGUGCAUAUUGCAGCACACUAGUUUGGUUUGCGACAUGUCCCUGUGUACUAAGCGUAUCUGCCGUCUGAUCCUGUAAGAUAAAGAUGUGUAAAUUGCACUGUGGCUCAGAUGACAUGAGUCUCUUGCAAUAAAUGUACAUAGUUGUAAGGUCACACAAGAGUCCCUUCAGACUGUUUUUUUUCUUCUGGAAAAUGUGCAAUGUGGAGCAUAUGGGAUACACACACACAUAUGAAACUGAUUUGUGAUUCAUGUACAUACAGGUACAGAGACACUCUCACAAAGCAGGAUGUGUUUCUACCUCUUCAUGUCUUGCAUUAUUAUUGCAUUAUGUCUUGCAUUAUUUAUUUGAAGAAAUGUUUAUCUGUAUGGCAGGCUUUGCAGGAUACAGCCUUAAAACCUGAAUAAAUUGUACGUAAAUAUGACACAUAUCCAGCGUUUGGAAAUUGCAGUGACUAUUUCGGAAUUAAGUUGUGUAUUUCCCCAUUCAAAAUUAACCAUAGCGUUUUCAUUUUAAAUCCAAAUGUAACGCUUUUUUAAAUUAAAGCUGUUUUACUACC